UGUUUUUUUUGUCUUAGUUUUUUUUUUGUUUCUUGUUGUUGUGUAUUUGUGAGAGCUUAGAUGUGACAUCCUUAAAAAACAUCUGGAUGUGAAUUAGGCAAACUGUAAAAUUAAUAUGCGGACAAAUAAAAAGGAAGGGAGCACUGGAGAACGUUCCAGGAAAAGUCUCAUGCCGCACUCCACUCCACGUUGCCGCGUACACUGGUCAACCGUCAAAAGCACUAAAUAAAUUAGUACCGAUGAUCAACCCUUAAUCCCCCUUUGUUAUAAUUAUCAAGUUGUAGUACUUCCAACUCUAAUCAGCUCGAGGCUUGGAUACUUGGAAUCCAAGAAAGCAGCAGGAUUAUUUAACAGCCUCGGAUCAGAGCCUCCGCACGGUUCAGAAUCCUCAGCUGAGCUCCGCGAGAGAAGAACCAGACAUGGCUUCCAGCUCCAACAACUCCCCAUCAUUCAAGAUCAUACUCGGGUCGUCGUCCCCGGCGCGCCGCGCGAUCCUGUCAGACAUGGGAUACGAGUUCGCCACCAUGAGCGCUGACAUCGACGAGAGGGCCAUCAGGAGGGAGAAGCCGGAGGAGCUGGUCAAGGCCUUGGCCGAAGCCAAGGCCGACGCCAUUAAACUGAAUCUGGUCGACGGCUGUGCUGAUCGAGACAUCAGAGAUCCGCCUACCCUUCUGAUCACUUCGGACCAGGUUGUGGUGAGUAAAGGGGUGAUAAGGGAGAGGCCGAGGAGCAUGGAAGAAGCCAGGGAAUUCAUCAAGGCGUACUCGGGUGAUCGAGCAUUGGCAGUGAACUACGUUCUCCUGACCAACCUGAGCACCGGCGCUACAAAAGGGGGUUGGGAUAUACCCGAGAUCUGUUUCCACCACAUACCUGUCGAGUUCAUCGAGGAAGUCGUGAAGGAAGGAGACAUGACCUGCGUGGCCGGGGGGCUCAAGCUGACGCAUCCAUCGGUGCUGCCCUUCAUCAAGGAACUGGUCGGUACGGCGGACGGUGUCCGAGGGCUUCCGAGGGAGCUCACGGAGAAGCUCAUUAGAGAAUCGCUGGAAGUGAAUUCCUAGCUGGAUUGUAUUUUUCGAACAAGCUGUCUCGAGUUUGCUGUAAAAGGACUACUGUUUUAUCGUGCACUAGUUAUGACGAGCAUGAUCGAGGUGUAAUGUAACUUAAACCCGUUUCUUUUAUGUAGUACUACUACUAGCCAACAAUCACUCAGACCGAAACCCCAAUCCAUGACGAU